AUGGCUGGGCACACCCGCAGGCGUCCCCUGGAAAUUCCCUCGCCAUCUGAGGAGGACUGGCUGAAGGAUGAGGAGGAAGAUUUCUUCCUGCAGGAUCCCGAUCGGCAGCGGGGUGUGUUGCCUCAGCCCUUCAGGAUGAUCAACAAGCUGGUGAUGCUGAUUUUUGAGGAUGCUAUGGAAAUCAUUGAAAGAAGGGAGAUGGACAGAAAAGAGAAGGUCCAGCCUGCAGAACUCUUUCCCACAGCUGAAUUCCAGGUAUUUGGAAGAGCCAAUUGUCUUGUGGUGUCUGGAAAAUACAUCUUUGUUGGCCUGUCUUGGGGUCUGGCUGCCUUUGAGGUGUCUAACUCUGAGGAGGCCUGUGUUUGGGAUGCAGUCAAGACAGAGAUUUGUGCCAUCCGUGCCUCAGAGUUGGGGAAUGAGUGCCAUGUCCUGCUUGCUGUGGAUGAAAUGGGGCUUGUCUGGCUCUUCUGCUUUCACAAUGAAGGCUUCCAACUUGUUAAAAUCCUAAAUGGAACGGAGGAUCUCAGCAAGCAAAGUGUUUGUGUGGAGAUGGUGCUGCCCCCGGGGGGGUAUUGUGCAGGAGUCCUGCUGCAAGACAGCACAAAAGCUUGGCUGGAUAUCUACCGAUUGCCUAAGGAUUCCUGGCUGAAGGUGCUGGAAGGGAGCCCAGGAGCUGCUGGCAGGGAGAGGAGGUCAAGCUGGGUAUCAAUGGUACAAACCAGUGACAUCAGAUCUGGUAUGAAGCUGAGACUCCCAGUGCUGCUGCUGAAAGUGAAGCCACCCAAACCCAUUACAGGUACUAGUUUUAAAAGCCCUUUGGAUGCCUUGAAGAAAGUGGAUUAUGGCAACAUGCUUGGCUUGGGGUACAACCACCUAAUCAAGGACUCCCAGUGGGAGCAGCAUGAAGCAAUCUUCUGUAGCACUUAUCAGGAGUAUCUCAAGGCUGCGGGUGAGACACAGAGCAAGGAGGAGAUCCCCAGACAUGCUACAUUUUAUUUUCUCCUGCCUAGCCAGAUACCACAGGUAUCAGGGCAUGAAAAGAAAGUAAAGCCAGAUGUUCCAGCUGCCAUCAGUGUGCAUUGGGAUGGAAACCACAAUCUCUGCUUGUACUUCCUUAACUAUUCACGUAGGGAGAAAGCGGACUCUGAUCCGAAACCUGAUGUUGUGUGGCCAUGUGCAGCUCCAAUUGCAUGCUCAGCUCUUAGUUCCUGCUUCAGGUACCUGGCACUGGCAUUUGAAGAUGCAGUAAUAACUAUCUGGGACAAACACCUAGGAUGCCCACUGUCUGUGACUGCCAUUCUAGAGGAACGUCUCAUCCGUAGUAUCCACUUCCUGCAGAGCCCUGCAGCUGCCAGUGAGGUGGCACCUUGCCCUGGUACAGAUCCUGCCUGUCCCAUCGUGCAGCUUCUCGUGCUGUGUACAGACAGCUCACUCUAUUUGGUGAAAGCACCCAGGUCUGGGAAGUCCAGCAUCACACUCCUGGCAGAAAGGCCUGAAGAUCCAAAUCUUGCUAUCAGUGCCCUGGUGCCUCUCCUGGCAUUCCCCAGUGCAGCCUUGAUCUUCUCCUGGGAUGGCACAGUGUCCCUGAUGAACACUGCCACUGCACAGAUUGUUUCCCACUUCAAUACUCCACCUUCUCAUGCUGUAGCAUCCCCCUGGCAGCCAGUGUUCACAGUGGAUAGUGUGAAUGGCUGCUUGCUGCUCAGAGGAGAUAAGCAGCAGCAGACAGAGGAAUCAGAACAGAAUGGAGUCAUUUGCAGCACCAUCUUCGUUUUUGACUUUAAUUCCUACCCACUGAAGGAGGCUUUUCCAAAGGAACCAUGUUUGCCUCUGAAAUCCUUGCAGAACCUGCCAUGGCUUGAGAGAUGUAACAUUUUCUUACAUGACAGGUUUCAUUUGAUGACUGAACAGCAGCAGAGCCUGCUGGGGCUCGGGGAGCAGUUGCCCGAGUACUGGAGUCGGCUGCAGGCACAAGCAGCUGCCAUGGAUGAGGAGAGAGAGAAGCUGAAGGGACAGAAGAAGCCAUAG